UUCCUUCCCGAAAGUCUGUGAUUGGCUAUGGAGGGAUAAACCCCCCAGCACUGCAGCCCAGGGCUCCAGUCGCUGGUCUUCAGCGCAUGAAGUUCCCACUCCAUAGCCCCAGACCUCUGAGAUCUUCUGGAAUAUUCUUAACCUGCUCUAGGGCUGAACUUUGGAAAAUGUUUGUCGUCGUGAUCCUAUGCUUCUGUCCGAUCUUAUUUUCGUCUGGACAGGCUGCUGUAAUGGGUAGGCUACAAUGGGGAAUGAAAUCGGAAAUCGUUCGUGCACAUUAUCCCUGCCAUAAUGGAAUGCUCCACCCGUGCUGAGCUGCAGAGCUCUCUGAAGCAGGUCCACAAGCUGCUCUCCGCCCACGAGGCGUCCUACACCCAGAGCUUGCGUGCCCUCCGCAAGAAGAUCAACCUGCUGCAGCAGACCACCGCCAAGCACGCCUCCCGGACCACCAACAGUUCCUGUCCAAAGCUGGACGUCCCGGUCAACGGCCGGAGGCUGGGCAAGGCCCAGGCGGUGGGCCACGAGGUCCACUUCACCUGCGACCCUGGGUACACCCUUGGGGGCCCGGAGACACGGGUCUUGGAGAACCUGACCUGGAGCGGCCAGGGGGCCGUCUGCCGAGACGUCAACGAGUGUGCGUCGUCCCCCUGCCUCAACGGCGGGUCUUGCUCGGAUGAGGUGAACCAGUUUUCGUGCACGUGUGCCAAAGGCUGGACCGGAGCGUACUGCCAGAACGCGGCUCCGUCAUUCGUCAGCUCCGUGACGAACGUGACCGCGGGCUCCUCCCCCGCCGCUGCUGCUGCUGCUGCUGCUGCCCCCUCUCUGCCGGCGGACGCCAGUGCGGCGCAUACGCGUCCGUCACGCUGCACCCAGGUCCAGGGGACCACCCACUGCACCUGCGAGCCGGGGUACACCAUCUCUGGGCGGGACAGCAGCACCUGCACAGAUAUUGAUGAGUGUGAGGUGUUCCAUAACGGGCAGGCGGGAAGGAUCUGUCACCACGCCUGCAUCAACACACCUGGAGGUUACCGCUGCGUCUGUCCCGCCGGCUACGAGCUGACGCGCGACGGACGCAGCUGCAAAGACAUGGACGAGUGUGCCAUCAGGCAGAACAACUGCACCAGGGAGCAGGUGUGUGUGAACACGUACGGAGGUUUCCAGUGCGUCCGCGUGGAGUGUCCUCGCAUGCGCAAUGCCACCUACGUCAAAACUGCCCCGAUGCGCUGCGAGCGGAACCCGUGUCCCGUGGACAACAAGGCGUGUCCCCUGGCGCCCAACUCCUUCUCCUACCACUUCCUGUCCGUGGUGUCCAACCUGUCGGCGCCGCGUGUCAUGUUCCGCGUGUCGGCCAUGAGGCCCAUGGGCGACGCCCUACGCUUCUCCCUGCUGGGGGGCAAACUGGCCCGCCGCCACUUCACCGUGCAGCGGUCGGACCGCCAGACGGGUCAGCUGAUGCUGGUCACGCCACUGGCCGGUCCCGUCACCAUGGAGGCGGAGAUGGAGAUGACGGAGCUGGAGAGACGCGUGGUGCUGGGCCGAUACAUCACCAGGGUGACCGUGUUCGUGUCCCAGUACGACUUCUAGGAGGAGGUAGAGGAGG